AUGAGUCCCGGAGAUUUGCAACCGCUUCAUCCCAAGCCCAAGUCGGCAGUUCCGUCGUAUCUGCUGAACGGGGCCUCUUCGGUGCGCAUGCCGAGCAAUACCAGAGAGCGAGAGAGCUUGAACUCCUCGAUCAGGUCGUCGUUUGAGCGGAAACACGCCCUGGACCCCGAAGAGCUACGAGACGCAGCGAAAGUCGAGCUCCCGUCGGACUCGAGCGUCCAGGCUCCUGCUACUGAUGAUAAUAAGCCCAAUGGCGAGGAGAAGAAGCCCAAUGGGCUGGAGAUGGCGACGGACGUCCCCUCACACCCAACCAAGCGCAACCUGAGCGAACCUCCAAGGGAUCCUCGAGACCAGACCAGUCCUCCGUCGACUGCCAUCAGCCGUCCUGCGAGUCCGUAUACGUUGAAUCCGCCUAUAGACUUUGAUGGACUCAGUUGGCCUAGCUUAGGAACAAGGGAACGUCUCGAGUCUACACCUGAACAGACUGAACAAAGGAUUCAAAAGCUUGCCGGAGCUGUGAAGACGAUUCUCGAAUGCAUUGGAGAGGAUCCAGAGCGUGAAGGGCUCCUCGAGACGCCAGAACGAUACGCCAAAGCGCUCAUGUUCUUUACGAAAGGCUACGAGGAGAACGUACGGGAUCUAGUCAAUGGUGCCGUAUUCCACGAGGACCACGAUGAGCUUGUGAUUGUCAAGGAUAUUGAAGUAUUCUCCCUGUGCGAGCACCACAUGGUACCCUUCUCGGGCAAGAUGCAUAUCGGCUAUAUCCCGGAUCGCAGAGUCCUCGGCCUUUCCAAGCUCGCUCGCCUCGCGGAGAUGUUCUCUCGACGCCUUCAAGUCCAAGAACGACUAACCAAGCAAGUUGCCCUCGCCAUCGUGGAAGUGCUCAAACCUCAAGGUGUGGCUGUUGUCAUGGAAUCAAGCCAUCUCUGCAUGGUUAUGCGCGGCGUGCAAAAGACAGGGAGCACUACAACCACUAGCUGCAUGCUUGGUUGUAUGAGAUCCAGCGCAAAGACCAAAGAAGAGUUCCUCAGCCUGCUGAACAGGAGGUAA